CGUGCAAGCUGCGGCAGCCGUUGCGUCUGUGGGACGGGACGGGUCUCCUCUUUCGGCUAGUGCCGAUGUCAUGCUCGGUGCCGGCUCUGGCUUCGGUGCGUCGCUGAGCAACUCAAUGCCUCGGCGCUCACAUGCUGCGAGUCUCACGAGUGAUAUGAGCACGGUAGGCGUGAUGCCCCCAUCGGCUUUACCGCCUACGGUCGCAGGAGCAGGAGCUACGACUGCGGCGACGUCGGGCGCACCAACUCAGACUACCGGGGAAUCGGCAGCAGCGUGGGGUGGCAAGUUGGUGCAGGGUUUGGACACAAACGGACUAAACGCUGGCAGGCCGAUGAAUAUCAGCGGCGCUUCCUCCGUUCCUGUGGCAAGCGGCAGCGAGCCACCGCGGAACGGGCCCAUGCCCGUGACUACCUCUACACUGCUGCACGUGUUGGACCGCAUGCCCGAGAUCAAGAACAAGAUCCAGUCGAUCCUGAACCGCACCGACUGCUCCGAGUCCCAGAAAGUGGCGAUGAUCGCGCGGUUGCUGAGCAACACGAACGCCAUCAACAACACCAACGCGCUCGGAGCAGCUCCCGCGAUGGUGCCCGCUGCAUCCACCGCGAGCAACAGCGUGCUGUCGGCGCUCACUGCCGACCCCGGCAUGCUCAACUCGUCCGACAUGCUCAUCGACACCGAGACGCCCAUCCCGAUGCCGGCGUCACUGGGCGCGCCUUCCCCGCCGAAUGUCGCCACCUCAUCCGCCGUGGCCUCCCAAAGACAAUUCCAGCCUCCUGCGUCGUCCCAACCAUGAGCGCCGCAGCGUAUACACAACAGCCAGAGAGAUCUCGCUCUGUAGUUGCUUCGUGUAUCUAUUGUAUGCAGCCGCACAGCCCCGGCCAGCAGACCAGCUAAAGCUAACGAAAACAAAUAGACAACCAAAUAGUCCGAUACUCACCUACGUGGACAUGAGCUAGGAACCCGCCCACUAGCGGAAGACUUCCCCAACGACAAGUGGAUCCAGCGGUGGCGAAACACACAGAGCUCUCCGUUCAGCGGACUCAGGUAUAAUAGUACUUGCGGAUUCAGCUACUGCGCUGGAGGUUAAGAGGACAAGCCCAAGGCGACCAAGAGAAUGCCACCGCAGGAAGUGCGACACAAGAGGAGAAGGAGGAAACCGCUGGUCAAUCGUCGGGGAAGCGGGAAGGACGCAAUGAGCUAAGCGGUGAGUCGGCAAAGCGCCCCAGGAAGGAAGCGACAGCGAAGGAAGUUUACGGAUAGAUCCGUGUCUUCCUGCUCGAAGACGCUCGUUCAAGGAGCGUGCAGACAUACAUAAGGACCAAGGAGUCCUUGGUCCUGAUGUAUGUCUGCACGCAAGGCGACCUGGUCGGACAGCGUUGCCGUCCAGGUUGAAUGCUUAUCCAGCGGCGCAGUGUCCGCUGCCUUUGGCGGCGCCAGGAAUCUACGGCUGUCGGCGAGCCGCGUGCGUGGCACCGUAGCCAUCCGGAACAGAGACAGCGCCGCCGCGCUCCCCAUCUUUGCAGAGAAUCAAAUUUCAUUACACUUUAAUCCCCAUCUUUGCAGACGCAGCAGCAUAGGUGCCGGCCGGCAACACCCGCGGAUUCUGCCGGUCUGCUGCAGUAUUAGGCGAAGAGCUGCAAUGCAAUGAACGGCACCGCCACGCAUAGAGCGCAAGUUGAGAUGCCAUGCAUGCAUUACAGCCCUGAGGCCAGGAAGGCUCGACUAGUCUAAAGUAGCUGGCGACGAACGUAAUUAUCAGAUAAAAGCACUGACCCGUUAUCUAUCAUCCUAAUCCACUGAAUUAGUUGCCAUUUUGGCUACUGCAUCACCUCUAGCACAUCAUGACGUCAUAUCCUGUGCUGUGAUUGGCUGCAAUGGUUGGUGUGCGCCACACUGACUCAUCUCUCUGGCCCUUCUAUCUCCUCGAUGGCUAUAAAUAAUCACACUCACGACGGAUCCCGCAGGUCGUGCCACCACCACUGGUAGACUUGCGCUUGACUUGGUGUCAGUAUGUGCUCGACGCUCGGCCACAGCUUCAGCUUCAGUCCCCGACUUUCCAGCCGAGCCGCAAGAGUCAGUAAGUGAACCAUGGUGGAUGGCCCCAAGACCAAGCGCCUCAUCUCGUGGCAGGAGAUCCAGCAGCACUCGACGUACGCCAACGCGUGGAUCGUCAUCCACCACAAGGUCUACGACAUCUCCAAGUGGGACUCGCACCCGGGCGGCAUGGUCAUGCUCUCGCAGGCCGGCGAGGACGCCACCGACAUCUUCACCGUGUGCCACCCGACGAGCUCCUGGAAGCUGCUGGAGCAGUUCUACAUCGGCGACGUGGACGAGAGCACGGCCCCGGGCACGACCGGCCUCUCGGAGGAGCAGAAGGCCAAGAAGGCCAAGACGAACGAGUUCAUCAGCGCCUACCGCCGCCUGCGCAUCAAGAUCAAGGGCAUGGGCCUCUACGACGCGUCCAUGGUCUACUACGCGUGGAAGAUCCUCAGCACCUUCGGCAUUUGGAUGGCCUCCGUGGCGAUCUGCUACCACUUCGACAGCUGGCCCAUGUACAUGCUCGCGGCCUGCGUCAUGGGGCUCUUCUGGCAGCAGUCGGGCUGGCUCGCGCACGACGUGCUGCACCACCAAGUGUGGGACAACCACAUGAUCGGCAACGUCAUGGGCGUCAUCAUCGGCGACGUCUGGAUGGGCUUCAGCGUGCAGUGGUGGAAGAACAAGCACAACUUCCACCACGCCGUGCCCAACCUCAUCGGCGACGAAAAGACCAAGUACCUCGGCGACCCGGACAUCGACACCAUGCCCCUGCUGGCCUGGAGCAAGCACAUGGCCUCGCGCGCGUACGAGUCGUCGUGGGGCCCCUUCUUCGUGAGCCACCAGGCCGUCAUCUACUUCCCGCUGCUGCUCUUCGCGCGCUUCAGCUGGCUGCUGCAGAGCUACUACUACGUCUUCAAGGGCUUCGCCUUCGGCAAGUACGACCCCGUGGACCUCCCGAACGGCGAGAAGCUCGGCCUCUCGCUGCACUACCUCUGGAACGUGCUGCUGCCGGUGCUCACCGGCAUGUCGGUGGCCCAGGGCCUGGCCUUCUUCAUGCUCUCGCAGAUGUCGUGCGGCGCCUUCCUGGCCGCCGUCUUCAGCGUCGGCCACAACGGCAUGUCGGUGUACGAGCGCGACCAGAAGCCCGACUUCUGGCAGCUGCAGGUCACCACCACGCGCAACAUCACGCCGGGCUUCUUCAUGGACUGGUUCUGCGGCGGCCUCAACUACCAGAUCGAGCACCACUUGUUCCCCAUGAUGCCGCGCCACAACCUGCAGAAGGUCAACCCGCUCGUCAAGUCGCUCUGCAAGCAGUACGACGUCAAGUUCCACGAGACGGGCUUCUACCGCGGACUCGUCGAGGUCGUGGACGAGCUGGCCGACAUCAGCAAGGAGUUCCUGCUCGAGUUCCCGGCCAUGUAAGGCGGCGAAAACCCACGCGCGAGGACGCACACUCCAUGCAUGUAUUCGAUCUCUUGUAAGUAGAAGUUGGCCAACGUCCGACGGUCUCCCGCCUUCAACAGCAGAUACCCAGACGUCUUCAACCUCUACAUCGAAAUCAAAACCACAAACAACAUCAUCAACCAAAUGCGAAUCAAAGCACACACUAUAGUAUUGCAAGUAGGUAGAUGAGAUGAGAUGAGAUGAGAGUAGAGUACCGACACCAGUCUCCAGCCAGCAGCAGCUCUACAGAUACCGCAGCUGCGGACGCGGCGGGGGCGGCGCCGGUUGGCUCUUGCCUGCAGCGUCCCCCACCGCGAACGUCAACUGCAGCGUGAAGGUCUUGCC